CUUCCGGUGUAAGUAGUAUGGCGGCUGGUGAGAUGAGCUCAACAUAGAAACAAAUAUUGUUUUACGAUCGUCUGGAUUUAAUAAAUACUUUCCUCUCUACAAAACAAUUUGUUUUCGAAGAGAAGUAAGGAAGCCAUGUCAAACAAAAUGGAUUCAAUGUCUCGGCUAUCAACCUCACAGUGCACAAAGGUCUUCAUUCAUCGUGAUUUUUCUGAUGGCACAGGAGUUCGUUUCCAAAACAAGUUUCCACAAGAACUGGAAGGAAAAAUUGAUCGUGCAACAUUAGAGCGGACGAUAAACACUAUAAAUGAGAUAUAUGGAGAAGCAGAAGCCUUGAGUGGUCGGACAUACUGCGAGAGUUGCUUUGCUUGUCUUACUGCAUAUAUGGCAUAUCUCUGCAUGGAUACAUAUUAUGAAAAGUGUUUAAAACGGAUUGCUCGGUAUGUGGAUGAGCAGAACAAGACAGUGUACGUGCCACAUGGGCUUAUGAUGGUGGACCCCGUUGAGAGAGGUCUAAGAGUUCUUGAGAUCUGCAUCCUAAACGAUCCUCAACACCGAUGAUGGAGUCAAGAUAGUGUGGUGGUGUAGUGUAACUUUAGUCUCCCCAUUCUUUUUAUUUCCCAUCCACAUUGUGUUAUCUCAGCAUAACUUUUCCUUGCAUCGUUUCUCUUUUUUUUUUUAAAUGUAAACAUAAAAUCAUUCAUCCUGUCCCCAUCCUUUUAUUCUCAUCAUUAUCUUCAUCGUUUGCCUAGUUUUCUGUCACCUUUUUGCACUAGUCCUCCUCAACUGUUAUUGGCAUGUGAUUGAGACUUUAGAGGAUUUAUUUAUUUAUCACUCCUGGGAUUCCUCUCUACCUGAUCAUCAGUUUGAUGAAUGCAGCAGAAUAUUGAGCUGAACGUCUGGUGGUACAGAACAAUUCCAGCCUAGUACUAUUUGAAGGCAGUAACUUUACCCCCCACCCCACACUUUUCAUCUUAUUCAAACAAAUGCACUUGUGGAAGAUGUAUUUGUGUUUGGUGUCUUUCAUGUUUAGAGCUGUAAUGACAGUGAUAACAGCGCUAACUCACUGGAGCAUACUUGCUUGAGAAUCAGUUUUGAUGCUCACAAGGACUGUUUUCUCCAUCAUGGUUAUUGUUGACCAUAUAUAGGCAAUACAGAAAACCAUGGGAUUUGUCCAAAACUGCAGGAGUAAUACUAACACUUGCUUCUCACUCACCUACUCACUUCCCAAUGUAUUCCUAAGCAAAGUUCGCAUAUACAGCGACAUCUGCAAGGAACAGUGAAUCAGCAGGCCAUGUCAUGAGAGGAAAGGGGUGGGGGUGGUGGUUUAAAAACGUAUUGAGAGUCUGCAGAAUAUCUGGGGCAGAAGUUUUGUGUGUGAUACUGUUUAUUCCCCGUUGAUGUAUAUGUUUGUUGUUUUUGCAAAGCAAAACCGAAUUGAGUAAUCACAAUAGAUGUGCCAUGGUGUACUUUAGUUUGUGGAAACCAAGUUUGGGGUCAUGAAUGAGCGAUGUGUAAAUCCAAGAUCUAAAGAGUUGUUUUCUAGAUCAUGCUACUUGGAGAAUGUCCAUAUAAAAAUAUACAUCUUUCAAUGAGUAUGCUUUGAUGUUAAAAAUGUUUGAUCAAAAUGAUCAUUUCCUUUUUUUAACACACAUUUUUGUAUGCACAGUGUUGUAUUGCACAUGUAAUUUCAUGUUAUAUAAAGAGAGUCAUGCACAUUAGUGACUUGUGUGUGAUGUAUUCAGUGUCAUAAAUUCACUAGAACUAUAAAUUGAUAACCUACUUGUUGUCUUUAUCAUCAUUCAUUCCUUGAAUCGUACCAACUGACAAGCUAGUACUUGUUGUCAGGGAGAACUGGAUAGAUGCAGCAGCUGGUAUGACUUACUAGUUAGCCCUGUGUUGAGAGGCGUUAAGCAAGUCCUCCAUGGAAUGGCCAGUCCAUUCUUUUGCAUUAACAAGCUAGUUCUUUAUCAUUCCUUGGUAUCAACCAUGCUUCAAGGUACUUUGAAGGACAGUCUGAGAAUGUCAUGCUGGGAGACAUGACUAAAAUCAGACCAGCUUGGUUUCAUUGUUACCAGAAGUUUGUGGUAGCUCUUCAUGGUGGCAACCAUGCUCCAUAUGUAAUUUGUUGGGUUUGGGUUCCAUGUAGGAGAUUCAGAACAAUUUCCUCACAUGCUUGGUCUCGAAUGUCUGUGUUCUUUAUUCUGUAACAACAAACAGCCCAAAUGUUUCAGGAUUGAGGAUGUAAGGGACUUUUACAGUGAGUACCUGGUAACACACCUGAGGGUAUUGCUGUGCCAGAUCUUAUUCAACCUGACCAUAGCUGCUGUCUCUUGCACUGGGACCAUGCACAAACUAUUAGAUUGUUAGAGAUGAUGGCAGUUUAUUUAUAAAGCAGCAGUGUUUGUCUUGUUUUGGCAUCAACAGUGUGGAAUAUAGUUGAGAUCCAGUGACAUAGUUUUAGCUUUGAAAUGUAUAUGCUUGUCAUGCUGUGGCUUGGCUUUGCUAAGGUGGGUAUUUGGGGGAAGUAAAACCUUAAAACUUACUGCUAAAGAUAUGCACAAGUAACUUAAGAUUGAUUGAUUUUUUUUUAUACCAGCACACUCAGGGGUUGGCAUAUCUUCAAGAUUAACAAACAAGGGAAGGGAGAAACUCAUAUUUGAUCUAAACUAGAUUUGAUGAGGAAACAUAGCAAGGACAGAAAAUAAAACAAGUGGUUACCACAGAGCUGUAGGCACAAUAUUGUAUGAAGUACCUCACCUUUAAGCAUUUACAGUUAUUAAUGAGUAUUGCCAUCUUUCCACCAGUGUUAUGUGUAAGUGUUGUGGCAGUGGGUUAUAUGAUAUUUCAUUCAUUUUUUGGGCUGCAUGCCCAAAAUGACAGGCAGUCUUCAAGCUUUUCCUCAUGCUUUGGCUGUAUUGAUCCUGUAGGCUUUGCUACUUGUUUCAUUUCCUUUGAACUGUCCAUGUUUUUACUGUGUUGUGAAUGCAAAUACAUGUAUUUCCUUUGCAUACCAUACACAGGCAAGAAGGUUUUUAUUUUUUUUUUUUAAAGCAGACAGUUAUAUAAUUGCUUUUAAUUUAUAUCCUGUUAGAAAAGAAUGUGAAACACCUAUUUGCAUUUAGAUGUUGAAAAACAUUGAUUUUAGUUUUGUAAUGCAAGAUUGGAAAAAAAAGGACAAAUGUUCUCAGCAAUCACUUAAUGCUAAUUCUUUUUGUAAAGACCUUUUAUUAUUAUUACUAUUGCAAGACUAUGUGAACAUACCCAUCUAGUGAAUUGCGACUUGGUUGCUUUGUAGCAGCUUUUUUUGGAAGCAUUUUAAGACAAUACUUUCACUUAGUUGUCACUUAAAUGAUAAGAGGAAUCUACAGUUUAGGUUCCAAUUAUAAAAACAAAGGUUGUAAAUAUGUUUUAUGUGACUGAAAAAAAUGGUUUUAAUUAUUUUUUAAAAACAAACGUUGAACAUAUUCCUGUCCUGAAUAGUUAUAAACAAGGUUCUGAAAUUUCCUGAUCAUGACAGUCUUUGCUUACAAUUUGUAGAAGUUUUUAAGGACAUUCGCAUCAGUGUGAUUUCAUUUUGUAGAAUCCAUUUAUUUCUAUGAUCACUUGUUUGUUCAUCCACUUGUGGCGUAUGUUUGCCGUUUAUAUAUGUUGGUAUACUUUACCCAUUCUUAAGAGGGUAGAUGGAAUUCCUGGUCAUUAGACUGCAUGUUCUUAAACCAGAUAUUUACAGGGUAUUUACACCAUUACACCUUUUUAGGUUUGGGGAAAGAUGAGAGGGUGGAAUUUUGAUAUGGCUUGUUUCAAUUAACAUUAGUGCAUGCCAUACCAAUAACAGUCUUGCAAAAGAUGGGAAUAAAAGUGAAAUAUUUGUGUCUAUUAACAGCAACGAUUUAGUGUCAUUGUGCUGCUGUAUAGAACUAGAAGCUUUUUGCCCUUCUUCCAAAUGGUUUAUCUAUGAUUUUUUGUUGAUGUUAUUUCAGAGUUGGGUUUUUUUUUUGGAUGAUGUGUACCUACUCAUUAUUUAAAUGUUCAUGAAAAUAAAAUAAGUUGCUUGCUGUUUCA